GUUCCCGGCAGUGAGUCAGCAAGAGUGGGCAGCUGAAAUUUCUAUUUAAAACAGCGCGGGCCGCCAGUAAGACAGUCUCGCGAGCACAGCAGCGCGCCUGCAACGAACACUAACGCAAAGAUGUCGAUAGUACCGAUGAUGUUCCGCGACUGGUGGGACGAGUGGGACCGUCCCUCCCGCCUGUUGGAUCAGCACUUCGGCGUAGGGCUCCGCCGUGACGACCUCCUCUCCUCUUUCCCCACUUCCUCCCUCCUCAGGAACACCUACUACAGGCCAUGGAGAACCAAUCUUGGCCGUCAGGAGUCUUCGUCUACUGUUAAUUUGACUAAGGAUAAGUUUGAGAUCCUUACAUCUGAAAUCCUCGAGAGGGCGGACGCCCUGAGGCGGACCAUGAGGGAGAGAUUCCAACAAAGGAUGGAAAGGAUGAAACAGGUGAUCCUGGACGUCCAGCAAUUCGCACCAGAAGAGAUCUCUGUGAAAGCGUCAAACAACUGCGUUGUGGUCGAAGGCAAGCAUGAAGAGAAGCAAGACGAGCACGGCUUCAUUUCUCGUCAAUUUACACGCCGAUACAUUCUUCCUGGAGGCUAUGACGUUGCUGACGUAGUCAGUACUUUGUCUUCCGACGGAGUGCUCACAGUUUCAGCACCUAAGCGCGCGCCGCCUGUCGCUGGCGAAAGGAGCAUCCCUAUAUUGAGGACAGGUCCCAGCAAGCAGCCGGAGUCACCUCAGCCCGUGGAACAAACAUCACAGCCCAGGGAACAGACAGUUCCUAUCGUGACAUCUCCUUAAAUCCCCCCUAACAUUUCGUUAGAUUGAUUUUACAGCCAAGUUGCAUAAAAAUAUUGAUAGUGUCUUUUUGAUUCGAAAAAAGUGUCUUAAAACUUAGUUGUAAAAUCAUUCUUAUUCCCUUCCCUUUAAAGCGCCACGAGACCCAAUGCGACGAUCGAAGCAUAAAUAGCAUUUAUUUUUCUCGUCUUUGGCCAACGGCGAGACACGAUUCGAAUUAAUGAACGAAUAGGUUUUGAAAAGAGGAAUGCAAAACACCAUUAUACUGACUUAAUCAAAUGAAAAUAUAACAUGUUAAGAAUAUAAUUACUACGAAUUAAA